AUGUGUUUCCCCACAGGGUACGCUCGCUGAACGUAUUAGGGCGGGAGGAGCAGGAAUCCCAGCAUUUUACACCAGUACCGGCUAUGGGACGCUGGUGCAGGAGGGGGGCGCACCUAUCAAAUACAACACAGACGGCACCAUUGCCAUUGCUAGCCAGCCAAGAGAGGUACGGGAGUUUGAUGGUCGUCACUUUAUUCUGGAGAAGUCGAUUACAGGAGAUUUUGCUCUUGUGAAGGCAUGGAAGGCUGAUCGUGCAGGAAAUAUCAUUUUCAGGAAAACUGCAAGAAACUUCAACCAACCUAUGUGCAAAGCUGCCAGGACAACUGUGGUCGAGGUGGAAGAAAUUGUUGAUAUAGGAGCAUUUGCCCCAGAGGACAUUCAUGUUCCCAAAAUCUAUGUUGAUCGUCUGAUACAAGGAGAGAAGUUUGAGAAGAGAAUUGAACGCUUAUCAAUCCGUAAACCUGAAGACUCAAAAGCCAAAGAGAAACAAGGAGACAAUGUGAGGGAGAGGAUCAUCAGACGGGCUGCUUUAGAGUUUGAAGAUGGCAUGUAUGCUAAUCUGGGUAUUGGAAUCCCACUGUUGGCCAGUAACUUCAUCAGUCCAGAUAUAACUGUUCACUUACAGAGUGAAAAUGGAGUCCUGGGUUUGGGUCCUUAUCCACUUGAAAAUGAAGUAGAUCCAGACCUGAUUAAUGCCGGUAAGGAGACAGUCACCGUUCUUCCAGGUUCUUCCUAUUUCUCUAGCGAUGAAUCAUUUGCAAUGAUAAGAGGAGGCCAUGUUGAUUUGACAAUGCUUGGAGCAAUGCAGGUGUCUAAGUAUGGUGACCUGGCCAACUGGAUGAUUCCU